CAGGCAUACAACUGUAACAUAGACUUUACCCAAUCUCUAACAUGGAGGAACACAAUGACCAGAAAGAAAAUUUCCGUAAAACUUUUGAUCAAAUGGCGCUUGAGAAACCCAAAUAUCAGGGCAUUAUGGCGUUUAAUAUGGUUGAAAAUUUUAUAAGUACUCCUGAUGAUAGAUACGUGCCACCAAAGUUUCCCCUUGAGCUUCCCAAGUUUGACCGAUCGACCCCAUUUGGGAAUGAAAUGCGAAAACACUUCUUGUUGGAUCUGGACAACUGGACGUUCUUGAAUCACGGUGCUUUUGGAUGUGUCUUAAAAGAGGGUCUGGAAACAGCUUAUAAGUGGCAGUGCUACGUGGAACAGCAGCCUGUGCGAUUUUUUGAUCGAGAAAUGUUGCCACUGUUAGCCCAUGUCAACCGUCGAUUGGCUAAGUUUGUUGGUGCAGAACCACGUGAUGUUGUUCUUGUACCGAAUGCAACUGCUGGCAUCAACACCGUGAUUAGAUCCAUCGAAUGGCGUCCAGGAGAUACCGUGUAUUACUUGAACACUUGUUACUAUACUGUUAAGAAAUUAUUCAGGCAUCUUAGUAGCGCUUACGGUAAGUGAACACAGAUAUUUGAAAAAUUAUAGAGGGCUACUUUUUUCAUCUCAUUGAAUCAUAAUAAUUCUGACAAGAUGGACCUUACUGGUCCUGUAUUCUUUGAUUGUGUCAAAGGCCAUCUCAGAGAUCCAGAGAAGCUGAAAAAUUGCUAUUUUGGUCUCAGCCAUUUUCUAGCUGGAAAUGUUAGGAAAUUUUAUUUAUCAUGGAGAAAUGUUUUUGCAACCCUUUAGGAAAUGAAAUGAUCUGGUUUUAUCAACUGGGUUAGUAAUGUUAAUUGGCCUCCAUAAAAAGUUUCUAAGGCUGAUGUUUCAAGUGUUGAGCUUUGGUCAGAGCGAAUUGUCUCUGAAAAUUUGCAACACUAUAGCAUCGCUGCACCAUAGUCUUGCUUGCCCGACUAGACUGGGAAUUUCCUUGCUUUGAAACAGAUCACCAUGCCUUACACAAAAGUAGAGACCAGAGUGGGGCCCAAUACAUGGUGCUGCAAAGAAGGGGAUUUGGGUGGGAAAGGGGGAGGUGAUAGUUCAAAAGGAUUCUUUGAGAAACUCUCUUCAAACUGCAUGAACUAACCACAGAGAUUUACUUUCAGGUGUUAUUUUAAAGGAAACUACAAUCACAUUUCCUGCCACCAAAGAGGAAAUCCUUAAAACAAUAAAGGAUACCCUGGAAGCAGGUACAAGACUGGCUUUGUUCGGUCAUAUACCUAGUAACUAUCCUGUUAUUAUGCCGGUGGAAGAAAUGGUGAAACUGUGCCAUAGCAAAGGUGUUCCAGUUUUAAUUGAUGGUGCUCAUGCUCUUGGAACCCUGCCAUUAGACUUGAGUGUUCUUAAGGCUGAUUAUUAUGUGGCAAAUGCACACAAGUGGCUUGCAUGCCCCAAGGUAUUCUUGCAUACCCCAAGGUAUUUUUGUUGUCUGCUUUGUUAUAAAUGUAUGCUGUGCUUUUUCCUACCUGUAUAGGAAAAAAGUGGGUUCUGGUUUCUUGAGAGCUGAACACUUCAAAGUUGCUAUCUCUUCUUUACAUAUAAAACAACAAGAUCUGUGGUUAGUUAAGUGAGACUCCUCAUAUGAAUAAUGAGACAGAAGUGAAUAUGAGCCAGCUCAAUUCACAUAAGCCUCCUUCUUUUCUUCUGUUUUAGGUGAUAUGAUCCUUCAUUGUCACCAUCAUCAUCACUGUCAUUAUCCUUGAUGUGGUUGUCAUCAUCAUCGUUAUAGUUGUUGCAACAGUCUAUGUUCUUGUCUCCCUAGUCACCUUCCUCUUUAUAUUCAUUGUUGGUUAGCUGGUUAUACUUUUGCUUUCCAUUCCAACCGGGUCUUUUUCUAAGACAUUUUCCAUCUCCUCCUCUUCUUCCUUACCUUACAGUUUAUCACUGUUGUUAUUUUAAAAAAAAUGAAUUCACUUUCUUCUCUUGCAGGGUUGUGCAUUCUUGCAUGUUUCUAAAAAGCAUCAGCCAAUGAUCAAACCUCUUGUGGUUUCAAGUGGUUUUGGAGCAGGAUUUAACUCACAGUUCAUAUGGACAGGUAUAACUUUUGUUGAAAAACCCCAAAUUAUCAUCAUGUUGAUUGUUUUUACUUGUGGAUUGGAAGAGAGAGAUGUGGCAUCCCUUCAUUGAAAGUGAUUGUCUCUGGAUGAAUAUGUCCAGGCUAUUCAGUGUUUCAUUCCCUUAAGAAUAGUUGAAAAUGUGUUCCAGUGAACUGUCAGAGAAACCAGACAAAAUGUUGGGGUAAGGUGGGAGGGAGAAUGCAUACCUUGUGAUGAAAUUGCCUCCCACAUGGGCAGAAAAGGAGAACAUCUCUUAUCACUUAAAAAAAACAACAAAAUGAAGCAAUCAGAAAUCAAAAACAAAAUAAAAAGUCAAACUAUUAGAGUGUUUUCUUAUUCCCUCAACUUCUACCACCUCAGAGUUAAAAGUAGUGAAAAUUGUCCCAUAAUUUUUUCUUUUCUUCAACAGGUUUGAGAGAUUACAGUCCCUACUUGGCUUUAAAUACUGGUGAGAGUAAUGAUUUAAAUUUUUAUCUGUUAAAAAUAUUUUUUCCAAAUCUUACUUUGGCAAACAAAGGGUGAAAAAUCAUAUGGGAGAGACAAAGAAGAGCUUUCCAUGACACUUACCUGCUCCUACCUUGUGUGUAUUACUCUUGUUCUCAAUGAACAAUUGUCAUGCAGUGCUAAACUACUUGCCUUACAAAAAGUACCUGCUGUUCAAGUAUUUCCUGGGUUUGGCUGUUGAACACAUAAUUUCUUUCUGUAGAUUACAUGUUCAUUUUAGGUGAUCUACAUGUUGGGUGUUUCCAGGGAAUGUGGUGUGAAGUAUCCUAGAGUAAUGAAAUAUUGCAUGUUUGGCCUCUUUGAACCCAAAAAAAAAAAUGCAAGAAUCAGACCCAGAGGGAAACCUUCCGCUGUGGUUAUAUGCGAAACUGUUUUGGUGGUAAUGGCCUUUAAUUUACAGUCCAAACAGCAGUAUCAGUUAUAAAAUCUACAUUUUGACCAAGAACAGAAAUGAAAAAGAUACCUCCCACCUCUGUUCUAUCCCUUAGUGUUAGACUUUUGGGUGGCCAUGGGCCCUGAGAGAAUUCGCAAAUUCAACAACACAUUAGCUCACAAAGCUGCUACCAUGCUGGCACAGAAAUGGGGCACAGGCUUGCUCUCUCAUGCCCACAUGUUUGGUCCAAUGGUGAUGAUUCGUCUCCCUGAGGUACUGCUGGACUGUGUCACACAGGGUGGAAAGGAGGAAGCUGUGAAAGCUCAUGCAGAAAUGGUGCAAGCCAAGCUUCAUUAUGAAUUCAAUAUUGAGGUUCCUGUCAAAUUGAUCCAAGGGAAACUACAUACUAGGAUUUCUGCUCAUGUUUAUAAUGAGCUGAGUGAUUAUGACAAGUUAUGUGAUGCGAUUCUUAUUAUGACAGAUGAUGUGCUGAACAAUUCAGGAGCCUAUAACUCCUAUAAGCAGUAUAGGUAGCUAGCAGUGGUAUGUCUGCUGGAGCACAUCACAAUAAAGAAUUGACUAAAAAUUACAACUUCCGGAACUCAGCCAUUGUUACG